CAUAGAUUUGGGUGCGGAGUGAAUGGAGAAAUGGGUGUGAGUGGAGUACCUGAUUUCUUCUACAAGGAGGCUCAACGCCUUGGCUAUGUGGCUCGCUCUGCCUUCAAGAAACAGUACAAGCUAAUAAAGGGUGGUUCUUCUGUUCUUGACUUGGGUUGUGCUCCUGGUGCUUGGCUUCAAGUCGCUUGUCAGAGCCUCGGUCCCAUCCAAAAUGGUGGCUUCGUUCUCGGCAUUGAUCUCAAGAAAGUGAAGGUUCCUCCUCUUCAUUGUGAUUCAAGGGUUCAAACCAUCUCUGCUGAUGUCAUGACCCUCCCUCAACACCAACUCAGAGCUCUUUCUCCACACCAAAAAGGGUUCUCUGUGAUACUUUCGGACAUGUGUCCAUCGAUUUCGGGAAUCACAACUAAAGACGCAGCUUUGUCGGUUGAGCUAGGGAUGCGAGCAUUGGAUUUGGCUGUUGGCAGAGUUGCAUCUGUUUAUGAUGAUGAUAAUGAUGGUCAUGAGAAGCAAUGUGAUGAACAAUCCAGUUCGGAUGAGAGUGGGUUAUUGCAAGUUGGAGGGAACCUUAUUAUAAAGCUUUUGGAGAGUGAAGAUGCCAAAGAAAUCAGCCAGAUUUCUAAACCAUUCUUUAGAAAGUCAUCGUGGCUGAGACCUAAAGCCACAAGGCCUUCAUCAAGAGAGAUCUAUUUGAUAUGUCAAGGUUUAAAGCCAGAGGCUAAGAUAUAGAUUGUUAUAUACACACAAGAUAUUCCUUAUCCGGGUGAAUUAUAGGAAUGACUAGAAUACAAAUGUGUAACCACAAUGUAAUGGUUUUUUAGUUUGUGCAAUUCUCUUGGGCUACAAACGCCCAAUUUGAUGUUAAUUGGUGCAUGUCAAACGGUUUCUAGUUUUUUUUCAUUUUUGUUGUUAUGUACAUAUAACUCGUUUCCAAAGUU